AUGCCUCCCUCAAGCGUGGAAAAGAAGAUGAACACCUCUGAUGAAGACCUGAGUGGAUCAGGGCGCCAGCCGCGAAGGAGCAGGUCCUUGUACCCGCCAGCAGUAGCUAACCCUUUCGAGCACAAGACGCAGUUUGGGGCGCGGGACUGGAUCCUCACCAUCCUCCUUGGGCUUGUGCUGGUGCCAGUGAGGACGGUCUGCCUUGUACUCCUCUUUCUCUUCAUCUGGCCUGUGGCCACAUUCGCUACCAUUGGCCGUCAUACUCGAUCAAUCUGGCCCAUCCCUACCUGGAAAAGAAAUCUUACAAUCCCACCUCUCAAGUUCUUGUUGCAAGCUGUAAUCUUUUUGAUGGGGUUCCUGGUGAAAGUGAGAGGGAAGAGGGCAUCGUGGCAAGAGGCCCCUCUGCUAGUGGCGGCGCCACACACCACAUUCUUUGACUCCAUCGUCUGUAUUGUGGCGGGUUUACCCUCGGUGGUCUCAUCCCGUGGAAGCAUGAAGAUCCCAGGGAUUAGGAAAAUCAUACUGUCAACACAGCCUGUACUCGUGAACAGAGGAGACCCCAACUCCAGGCAGACUACCCGGAAGGAAAUCCUGCGGCGCGUGAAAGCUGGUAGGAAGUGGCCACAGAUUCUGAUUUUCCCAGAAGGAGUGUGCACUAACGGCAGCUGCCUGGUCACUUUUAAGCUUGGGGCCUUCACUCCAGGUGUACCUGUGCAGCCAGUGCUCAUCCGAUUCCCAAACAGUCUGGACACAGUGACCUGGACCUGGCAAGGGUUUUCAUCCUUCCAGGUCAUUGCUUUGACAAUGAGUCAACUCUUCACCAGGAUGACAAUUGAGUUCAUGCCUGUUUAUACCCCAGAUCGUGAAGAAAGAGAAGAUCCCGUCCUUUUCGCCAACUCAGUGCGAAUCAACAUGGCAAAUGCGCUGGGAGUGCCUGUCACAGACGACGCUUAUGAAGACUGCAAACUGAUGAUUUCUGCAGGCGAACUUAAAUUACCCAUGGAAGCUGGCUUGAUGCAGUUCACAAAAAUCAGCCAGAAACUCAUGAUAGACUGGAAUAACAUCCAUCGAUGUUUGGAUGAGUAUGCUGCAAUUGCAGCUGCCUCCAAAGGAGGGAAGGUAAACAUUGAAGAGUUUGCGACAUACUUAAAAUUCCCGGUCUCGAAGCCCCUCACACAACUCUUUACCCUCUUUGACAGAAAUAACGAUGGCAGCAUAGACUUCAGAGAAUAUGUGAUAGGCCUGGCGGUCCUGUGUCAUCCUGAUGACACAAAAAAGAUUCUGCAGAUGUCCUUUCAACUUUUUGAUACGGAUCAAGAUGGUUACAUAACAAAGGAGGAGUUAACAUCUAUUCUUCGUGCAGCUUUUGGAGUUCCAAACCUUGAUACUUCCAAACUCUUUCGGGAAAUAGCUGGACCACAGGCAGAAUAUAUUUCAUACAAAACCUUUAUGAAAUUUGGCCUGAAGCAUCCUAUCUAUGCCAAACUCUUCAGUAUCUAUCUAGACCUCCAGGCAUCUCAAAUAUAUUCAUUUCCAGACACAGUGGAGGUUUAA